AUGAUGAUCUGCGAUGGAGCGCAGACAAUAUGCCCAAGCGAAUGUAUCUGCCGCGGUACUUUCGACCUCGAGGUCGGGAACGCGCUAAGUGUCGAAUGUACGCGGGGUGACAUGCGAUCAAUACCCGUCGAUUUUGUCGACCACAAAGCUCAGGUCGUCGUCAUCUCUGCACCUAAAGAGAGACCUAAUUAUCUCACCAUAGGACCCAUCUUUACUCAGCCGAUUCCUUUUGUAAAUUUGCGUGAACUGCAUAUUGUGAAUUCCAACGUUCCUUCUAUCGGACAGUAUUCGUUUUGGGGCCUUCAGAAUUUAAAACUCAUAAAUCUGACUUACAAUAAUCUAACGAGUAUCGGAGCGGACAAUUUUCGAGGCCUCAUAAACCUCACGGACUUGCAUCUCGACCAUAACAAUAUUGAACAAAUGCCAAGUGAGACAUUCCGACAUUUGACUGCUUUAAGGACUUUAAACCUGGCUCAUAAUCAAAUUUCUACUUUAGUACCUCGCCUUUUUCGUAUGUUAGCGAAACUCUUGGUUUUGGAUUUAAGCUAUAAUCCAUUGGCUGACCUCAAUCCUGAGGUAUUUAAGGAUAUUCAACAUUUACGCAUAUUUAAAUGCAGACGAUGUCUUCUACGCAGAAUAAAUACUCAGAUCUAUCAUUUGGUGCCGCAUUUAGAGGAACUAGAUCUGGGAGAAAAUCAAUUUAAGUAUUUAACAUCUGACGAAUUUAUUAGUCUUAAAAAACUAAAGACACUCAAAUUGGAUGGAAACCAAUUAUCGGUAAUUGUGGACAAUAUGUUUGGAAGGAAUCGGGAAUUACAAUUUCUUUCAUUGGCACGCAACCGUCUCGCCUUGUUGGCGCCCGCUGCGCUCACUAAUUUAACAGGACUAGUGCAUCUAGAUAUUAGUCAUAACAAAAUUGACAGAUUUCAUUUACAAACUUUUGCUCCUGUGGUUGAUUCAUUAAAAACUAUAAAUUUUAGCGGAAACAAUUUGCCAUUGAAUGAAAUUGCCAUAGUUUUGCAAAUACUCCCUGAUAUUCAUGGAAUAAGUAUGGCGAACUUAUCAAUAGAAGCCAUACCACAGAACUUUUUCAUAUAUAAUGAACAUUUGGUAUCGUUGGAUAUAUCCUGGAAUAAAAUUUCCAAAUUUCCUUUGAAACUUCUAACAAAAACGAAAUUUUUACAACGACUAGAUAUGUCUAAGAACAAACUGCAUACGUUAGAUGAAGAAGAUUUGCAAAGACUAGAAGCCAUUGCUCAUUUAAAUUUAAAAAAGAAUCUUUGGCGAUGCGAUCAGUGUUCGUCUACCACAAUGCUUGUUUUUAUGGCAACAACAGUUCUUAAUACAACGAUUCGCCAACUAAAAUGUCAUACUCCUUUGAGACUUAAUGGUGUAACCUUUGGUGAGCUAACUUACGAAAAUUUAGAACCAUGUUCGACAACUCAUGAAGCACAAAUGAGUGUGAUAGCUGGAUUGAUGUUGUUGUGUGUAGCUGUGCUUGCCGUUGUUACUACAGCUUUGUGCUGUUCUAGGCGACGAGCCGCACACUAUUAUACAAAUGAAGAAAAAAGGCGAGAACAUGAGCAUGAUCAUCCUGAGGAAUUAUUGGGUCGUACGGAAAUUGGUAGUGUUGCAACUAUCCAUGCCCCUUACCACCUGGUGGCGAAAGGCAGUUAA